AUGAAUCGAUCAAAUGUUCAUCUUCUGGAUUUACCUGAUGAAAUAUUACUUUUUAUUUUGAAGAAGUUGAACAAUAUUGAUGUAAUUUAUUCUUUAUUUGAUAUUAAUAAUGGACGACUUAACAUUCUUGCACAAGAAAUCACUUCCAUCGACAUUCUGAAAUUUGUCUCUAUUGAUAAUAUUUCUAUAAUCGAUCGAUUCUGCAAUGAUAUAUUACCAAGAAUUCAUCAUAAUGUGAAAGGUUUUAUUUUUGAUCCAAUUUUUAUGGAACGUAUUCUUCUUGCUACUGACUAUCCAAAUUUAACUAAACUUACAAUUCAUUAUUUCCAGAAAGAAAUCGUUUCAAAUUAUUUUACAGAUCAAUCAUCACUUCGAUCUAUUUUUCAAGAACAGAUUACAAAUCUUAUUCUCAUCAAUGAUGACGAAAACGACAUGGAAUGUUUACCGGACAUAUAUAAUGAAAAUAUAUAUAUUCACAUCUUGACUUUUUUUAAAAAUUUAAAAAAAUUAAUUGUCAUGGAACCAUCUGUUGUGUCAUAUCCACAUUUAUCACUUUGUUGUUUGCCGUCAACUAGUUUUUCAUCUCCGAUUCUUACUCAUUUAUAUAUCAAUGUCCGAGAUUUUGAUGAUUGUCUUUUUUUACUUGAUGGUCGACUUAGUAAAUUGACAAUUUUCUGUGUUGUUGUAUAUCAUAUGGACACAUUGGAAAAAAUUGUUCACAAUAUGGAUAAAUUAUUGAAUCUAAAAUGUUUCUCAUUAAAAUCGUCCUAUCCAUUUCAAGAAUAUGAUAAAAUUGUAUUACUUCUUCGUCGAAUGUCGAAUCUGGAAAAAUUAACUCUAAAUAUUUCUGUAUACAAUAGAAAUAGAACCAUUGAUGUCAUUGAUGGUACUCAUGUUCAACAUAAUAUUUUGGAUUAUAUGCCACGACUUCGUUCAUUCAUUUUCUAUAUUUGUACUUAUGUUGAACCGGCUGCUUUAUCCUACAAGUUAUCUAGUGAAGAUAUUCAACAAACAUUAACAAAUAUUGGACUACACAAUGCCAGUAGUAUGAUCAAUUAUUGUGCUGGUGUUCUCAAUCUUGCUCAUGGUGUUAGAGCCGCAUGCUCAAUUUUCUCACUUCCUUUUGAAUUUGAUUAUCUCCAAAGUAUUGGUAAUAACUUACCAAAUAUUGUAUUCAGUUAUGUUACCUAUUUACAUAUACGAGAUAUUAUACCAUUUGAACAUGAAUUCUUCAUGCGAGUUACCCGAUCGUUUCCAUUACUGAAGCAUUUAUGUAUUUGGAAUGAUGAAUCACAAAAAUUGGCUGGUCUUAUGACAUUUCCAUCUGACAAUUGUCAAUUACACUCAAUUAUUGAAUAUCCUCAUCUGACUAUACUUGAUAUCAAAUUUUCACAUGCAGAUUAUAUUGAACAAUUUCUAAAUGAGACAAAAACAUUCGUACCUUGUCUUACGGAAUUUGAAGUCUUUUUCGAUGAUUUAAAAGCUGCAACAAAAGAUUUCACAAGAGAAGAAACACGACGCAAUUGUUCCAAGCCUAAUAAUACUUCUCAAAUAUAA